UAUAUGUAUACAUAUACAUAUAAUUAUGUAUGAUAAACAUUUUGAUAAAAUUUUAUAUUUUAUGAAUACUUAUCAAAAAUUAAUAAAUUGUCAUAUAGUUGAUUUUAUUACUGAAAACUUAUGGAUGACAUGUUUACCAGAAACAUUAAGAUUAGAAUUAGAAAAGAAUGAAUUGAAUUGGAUUACUUGGACAGAAAAUGACAAUUUUCCCAUGCUAAAUAAUUUUAUAAAGUUAGCAAAAUCUUUAUCUUUGCAAUCAUGUUCUAUAGAAAUAAAUUCAGAAGAUUUUACAAACACUUUACCUUAUAUUAAUAAUUCAAAUAAAUAUAUAUAUAAAAAUAUUAAGAUAGAAUUUAUAAAUGCAAAGAAAUUACAUGAAGUUGUAUCCCUUGGAAACAUUAUUGGGGAAAUUGCAGCAAAAACAAAUAAUUUAGUAAUAGAUGCUGGUGCUGGCAAAGCAUAUUUGUCAACAUUUUUAGCAGAAAAUCAUAAAGUACCUGUACUUGCAAUAGAUUCUUCACAAUUAUGUAGUAAUGGAGCAAUCUGUAGGCAAAAAAAGUUACAAAAAAAGUUGAUGCUUUCUCCAAUGCUGGUACGUUAUGUAGUUGAAGAAAUAAAUGAUAAUACUGAUUAUAUAAAAAUGAUAAAACAAAAUUUUUGUGAUUGGAAUAUAAAUAAAAAUCUUAUAUUAACUGGUUUACAUACUUGUGGUUCUCUUACUGAUUCAAUUAUUAGAACAUUCUUAAGUACAAAAGAUAUUAAUAUUUUAUGUAUAGUACCUUGUUGUUAUCAUUUGACAAAUGAAACAUUUAAUAAAAAGAUUAGUUUUUCUAAAAAUGCUAGAAUGUUAGCUCAACAAUCUGUUGAAAGAACUAUAAAGAAUGAAUUUGUACCUUCAUCAUUAUUCUACAGAGCAAUUUUACAAGUGAUUUUUCAUUCCUUAGGUAUUUAUAAUGCUAAAGUAGGCCGUGGAGGACCUUUACAUGAUUUUCCAACUUAUGCUUUAUGGGCAUUCUCAAAAAUUGAAAUAGAUUUAGAAAAGAUACCAUCACGAGAAAAAUUAACGGACACAUUUCAACUUUAUGCACAUUUAAUGAAAAAGUUUAAUAUAUUUCAAAUAUUGAGAAUACACAUUGGUCUUGUAUUAGAGGCAGCUAUCAUGUUGGAUAGAAUAAUAUUUUUACAAAAGAGCAAUCAAUGUUCUAAAUUUGCGAUAUUACGUUUAUUUGAUCCUAUGUUAUCUCCAAGACGUUAUGGUAUCAUUGCAGUAAAAUAAUAAUGAAAAAGAAAAUUUAA